CAGAAGGAAAGGACGCCAUCUUGCGGUAAACAGAAGAAGAAGAACACAAGACGUGCUGAAAAACCCUUCAAAAACUACUCCUUAUUAAACACAUAUCACUUCAAUUCAAGGAMAAAAUACUUAACACAAUGGGUGAUGUGUACGCGCAAUCGAAUCAGUCUGAAGCCGCUCAGCUCCUUGCUACAUUUUGGCCUCGGCAGAUGCAAGACAUUAGAAACAUGAAUACACAAGACUUCAAAAUCCAAGAACUUCCUCUUGCACGGAUAAAGAAAAUCAUGAAACAAGACGAGGAAGUAAAGAUGAUCAGUGCUGAGGCUCCAGUUCUGUUUGCUAAGGCAGCACAAAUAUUUAUAAAUGAGUUGUCAUUGAGGGCAUGGAUUCACACAGAGGACAACAAAAGAAGGACUUUACAGCGUAAUGACAUUGCCAUGGCCAUCACCAAGUUUGACCAGUUUGACUUUCUUAUUGAUAUCGUUCCAAGAGAUGAACUGAAGCCAACAAAGAGACAGGAAUCAAUUCGUCAAACAGUUGCRCCUGAACAAGUCCAGUACUAUCUACAGCUUGCGCAACACCAUGCCGUCUCCUUGCAACAACAGCAAGUACAACAGGCACAAACAGUGCAGGCUAUACCAGGACAGGUGCCACAGCAACAGGUAGCAGCGGCAGCAGCUGCUGCUGCUGCAGCUAAUUCAACUAMUCAGGCUCAAGUUAUCAUCACCAGCCCUAAUGUGGUCCCCCAACAAAUUGUUAGCAUGGCGACGACUCAGCCACAGACCAUACAACAACCUGCACAGGAACAAGGAGACGUACAAUACACACAAAUACAUUUCAACCCGGCACAAAUGCAGUACUUAAGGCUGCAACAACAACAAAUACAGCUACAACAACAACAACAGCAGCAGCAGCAGCAGCAGCAACAACAGCAACAGAUAGUAGUAACUCAACAGCAACAGCAGCAACAACAAGUCGAUCAAGCCCAGCAACCAGCACAAGUAACGACCGCUCAACAACCAACAGAGUUUACUUUUACAUCAGGAGGUCAAAUAUAUCAAAUCCAGCAGAAUCYGCAUUCGGGCACGGCAACCGCAGUAGCGAUAGGAACAGCACCUCAACAACAACAGCAACAACCACAACAGACAUUUAUCCAGCAACAAACAACAACAGAACAGCCAACACUCGCCACAGCCGAACAGCAACAACAACAACAAACACAGCAACAACAGCAACAACAAGUUCAACAACAGCCGCAGCAACAACCACAACAAUAAGAUUAAAACUCUUUGCUCCCAUUCUGGACCGCCAUCCUUUGCGAACAUUAUAUACUCCUGCUAGAACUUGCUCGUCUCCGUAUAUAUUCUCUAUARCUGCUGUCUUCUGCAUUCGACUAUCAUCAAUGAACGACAUCUUUUACGCUCUAUCGUCUUUCCCUACGUCGCGUGAUAGUCUAGUGAAAAUCACAUGGCUGGUUUAUAAGUAUCACGUGUUAGGUAGCUAAAAUUAUAGCAUGUAUCCUGCUCCAKGACUACAAUCAUCUCUUCAAUGUCCGCUUUUUGGGCUGCCUGUGGUUGCUUGAAGCGCACGGGUUYUCAACCAAGAACGACCAAAAAAAGUUGUAUAUUUAAUCUGUAUGUACAAAUAAAUACAAAAAAAUGU